CUAUACACUAGUUUACAAAUAAAAAUUGAAAAAUGUUUUCAAAUUUUCUUAUUUUAUUAAUUUUUUUGUAAAACAAACGGCUUGUCAUUGACGAUAGAGGGCUGUCAGAGCGUUAAGGGCUUUGCCCUGAAAUGAGCAAUCUUGUUUUGUUUAUUUUUGUUUUCUUUUUUUUCGAUAAAACGGUUUUGGCUUUGUUAACUUAUAUUGUGUAAUUUUGAGGGUAAAAUAUUUUUUAAAAUAAUUUUUCAUUCGUGUCAGUUCGGAUGGGUGGUAAAAAUUUUAAGUUCAAUUUUUUUAUGACAACUUUUGUUUUCGGCUCAACAUGGGUCGACCCAAAUUUUGUCAGCUUAGUUGCCGCUUGGUAAAUGAUUUCCAGUAAUUUUAAGGCUGUUUAUGAACAUCAUCCAAUACAAACAUGAAGUUUUUGCAGAUGUUGCUGUUUCGGUUUUUUAGCUUUUUUUAAAUUCAAAUUUUCAAAAAAAAUUGACUUUCGUCUCUUUUUAUUCACAAACUAACGCAAUGUAUCCUCAGCUUCGCCUCUGAGGAUGACUUUGAGAAGAUCCUAAUGUAUUCGAUGCUGCAAUAUUUCGUUGCUGCCUGUUUCUGCUGGUGAGAGAACUUUCCCAAUGCCAAAUUAAAAUUAAUUGUACUAAAUUUGUCUUUGUUUUUUUUUAUUAGGGAACCGCAUGGUUGUUGAAUAAUAUUUUUGACUGGUUUUACGCAUAAAAUGAUUUUGUGGGCGAAAUUUGCAUCUCAGCUCUCGCUGGUGUGAGAUAGAAGACUGAAUUCAAGCAAAGAUAUUUGACCUUCGCUAAUGGAUUUCCCCGGAGACCCCGUGGAAUAAUGUCUCCAGUCUUUUUAAGAUGCCAAAGUAAUGGCAUCUUCAGUGUUUUUUUCACUUUUCCUUUCAUUUUCCUUUGGAAUUUUUGUUUUAUUCCUAGCUAUUCUCAAUGUGCUUACCUAGACUACUAUACUGCCUUGUGUUUUGCCUGAAGCGGCAGAAAGAGUUUAUUCUGUAGCGCAUGCUCUAGAAUGCACUAUAUUGUCCUCCAUUCAAACUACAUUUUGAAGAGUUGAUUUUGUUCUCUGCUUAGCUCAGUUGGCGUUACUUUCAUAGGCUAUAUUUGCCAAACGUCGUUCUGAAUUAAUCAUAGGUGCUGCAGUUUAAUGUUUGCUUCAGCUGAAAUCGAAUUUAAACCUUUCAAAAUUUCGCUGCUCUGAUCAAAUUGCUGUGAAAUGUAUAUUUCUUAUAUCGCAUAUCAAUCAUGAACAGCGCAAAGAAAAAUUUUGAAAAAUCAAAGCAACCCGUGGAUUAUGAAAAACCGCAAAUACAGAGUUUUUUCGAACAAGAAUUAACAUUCGUUUUAUUUUGCGCCCAGGUUUUUAUUUUAUCAUUCCAGGCUUGGAUUCUAGGUUAUUUUGGAUUCUCUUGCGCAUGGGGUCUGGGAACAGCUUAUCUCAUUGCGAAGUACUGGCACAAAAUCGUCGAUGUUUUUGUCAAGGAUCAAGUCGACCUUUUAUGGUGCCGGAAAAUCAAUCAAAUUGAAAAUCCUCGCAACGAGUCAGUUGAAUGGGCAAAUCUUAUAGUCGACAGAUGGAUGCGUUUCUCCGAACCAGAGAUUGCCAGCAUGCUGAGAGGAGUUUUGAAUCCGAUUCUGAGAAGCUGCAAACCGGUCUUUUUAGAUUCUCUCCAAAUGUCAUCUUUUUCUUUGGGCAGUGGAAUGCCGCGAAUUUCUUCUAUAAGUAUCUCGGACCUUGCAGUUAAUCCGAGCGAAACUCUCGUACUGGAGAAAGUGCGGCAAACGUUGAUGCAGAAGGAAGUUUUCGAAUUGAUCGUGGAGCUCGACUUCGAACAUAACUCGCCCGAUUUCCUCAUCCAAGUUGUGGGAAAUCUAAAAACUAUUGCUCCCGAUCAAGUACUGAAGACGUACGGCUUGAACCUGACUGUGAAUGUGGAGAAGCUGAAGUUUUCGGGUCGCUGUCAAGUUGGAAUCACAUUUGACCGCAAUAUUCCGUUUCCUCACGCAAAGCAUGCAUCCAUCAUGUUCCUCGAUGAACAACCUAAAAUUUCGAUGUCAAUCAUGACGAUGCACACGAAUGUAAUGGCACUACCGAAGCUGAAUGACUGGAUAAACACCAUCGUUAAAACAUCUCUCUCAGACUACCUCUAUUACCCUCACAGAUUUUACAUUCCACUCUAUAAUGAGCCUGGCGUCGCUAGGAAGAGUGACUAUCAACGAGCGGAUUCCAUUUCUGGUGCUGUCGAAAGUAGCGCAGUUGAAGUCAGGACCGUCGGCUCUUCUAAAGCUGAAGGUCUUCUGUUCGUUACGAUAAUGUAUGGAGAUGUUUCGAACCCUCAUUCAGCCAGUUGUAAAUCCGAUGACCUCAUAUGGUGCUCAGUCAAGUUAGACUCAUCUGCUAGUUUGACCCAUCCUAGAGCUGCCAACAAACCCUGGGCCGAAGACGUGGCCUUUCUCGUGUAUAAUCUGCAGGCUGACAAGGAUGUGAACAUCGCUCAGCCCAGUAGUAAUAAGCUGAUAGUAGCAGUCAAAAGCAAAAGCAUGUUGGGAAAACUCACGCUUGCUGAGUACUCGGUCAACAUUGGCAAAAUAGGGCUGGAAGACGGGAAAGAAAACCUUAUCAAGCCAUUCAAACACAAGAGCCAGAAACUGGGUUCCAAAGACAUUCCGGACUUGAAGUUCAAACUGACGUAUCACAAGCUUGGCUCCUUUUCAAUUGUUGACAAAAUAAGGAAGAUUUCGGCGAUGACUGAGAAAAUUAUAAUUGAGGAUCCGAUUUCCGCACUUUUGACGAGCAGUGACGAAAUUGAUGGCACAAAAGGUCAAGAGGAUGAAAACGGCAUUGAAGGAGAUAAUGCUGAAAAGACAGAAAGAACUAUUCCCAGACUGACGAGUGCGAAGUCAGUGUCUGUCGCUGAGCCGAUUAUGGACUCCUCGGGCGUUGUGAGUCUUGUGGUCCACUCUGGGCACAACUUGCCAGCCAUGGACCUGAAUGGCCUCUCAGAUCCAUACGUCAACAUUUGGUUCAACAACAGCAAAAUCAAACAGAGUCCUUCAAUAAAGCGAACGUUGAACCCGAUAUGGAAUUUUCACUGCGACUUCAUGGUCGAAGACUACACUACGUCUCCUCUGCUGAUCGAAGUGUUCGACUGGGAUGGUAUGACUACCAAGGAUGACUACAUUGGGUCUGUUGAACUCAAUAUUGGUGAAGUGAGGGAGAGGAAGCGCUUUGACCUCCGAGACGACGCAGGAGCUGUGGGCUCUGUCGGUUUCAUCAUAGUGUCUCUCAUGUUUCAUCCAUUUCCACAGUUACAGCCAAUACUGGAGUGUGACAGUGGAAGCGACAAACGAGGCAUGAGCAGAUCGCGUUCCAGUUCCUCACUCGCUCCCCACACGGCCUCAGUGAUCAGCAGACCCAAGGCCCAGACCCUGGACUACAGUCUGGAGAAGCAACUGGGCAUAAUAGAGGAGGAUGAUCACGAGGACGUGGAGUUGCAAAUAGUGAGGGCAACUGGACUCAAAGCUGCAGACCCAGGAGGCACAAGCGACCCGUUCUGUGUGAUCACAGUUGACGGAAACCAACAAAAAUUUAAGACGGAGGUCAUCUACAAAACAUUGGAUCCCAUCUGGAAUGAGAAACUCAUCAUUCCCUACCCCUACAAGAUCAUAGAGGUCAAGGUCAUGGACAAAGACACUCUGAGAGAUGAUUUUUUGGGAAGAGCUAUUUUUCUGACCAAAGACACAGACGGCGCCAACUUGGUCCACAAGGUCAUGGCCCUAUGUGAAGACAAUCCAGAAUACGAAUAUGAAAUGGAAUUGCGUGACAAAGAUUCACAAGGGUCACUAUUCAUCCGAAUGCAUCAGGUCGAAGAAACUGCUAGACAAAGUCUUCGUUCAAGGCAAAGAAAAGAAAGCGAAGAAAUAGAAGCCAUGAAAGUACACAACAUAUCACCAAUGGCAGUGGUGCCUCCUCCUUCCAAAAAGUCAGGCGCCAAGAAAGCUAAGAAACUUCUGAAACAAGUCAGCCGUAAGUCCCUACAACCAAGCUCAAUGUAUGCCAUCUUGCCAUUUGAGUUAACAUAAAGAAAACAACUUUCCUAUUUCAAUGGCCAAUAAGAUCUGCUCAAUAUGAAGGCACUCAUUUGAACUUGACCGAAUGUGGCGUUAUAAUGUGCAAAGAUGAGUUUUAUUAAAAUGCAAGUUUUAUUAAUAUGCCGUCUGAAAAUGCAUAAAUUUUAGGGGACCAAAACAACUAACUUAUUGGUGUUAUGAUAAUAAUUGGGGACUGAUUUUA